AUGUCUACUAAUUUCGAGAAACAUUUCGAGGUCGAUGUCGACAACUGUUCUUUGGAACAGUUGAGAGACAUCUUGGUAAACAAUUCUGGUAAAGCUCCUUUGGCAAACAGGUUCAGAGCUUUAUUCAACUUGAAGGGUCAUGCCGAGGAAUUUGCCUCGAAACCAGAGGAUGCUUUAAAGGCUACUCAGUACCUCGCAGAAGCGUUCGGGGACGAAAGUGAAUUGUUGAAGCAUGAGGUCGCAUACGUGUUAGGUCAAACGAAAAACAUGGCCGGUGCUCCAUUGCUCAGGGAUGUGCUUGCUGAUGACAAACAACAGUGUAUGGUAAGACACGAGGCAGCCGAGGCAUUGGGUGCUUUGAACGAUGUUGACUCGUUGGAUAUCCUAGAAAAAUAUUUCAAAGAAGACCCACUGUUGGAGAUCAGACAAACGUGUGAGCUUGCCAUUGAUAGAAUCAAGUGGGAAACCAGUGAAGAAGGCAGAAGAGAGGCUUUACAAGAAUCUUUGUACUCUUCUAUCGACCCAGCGCCACCAUUUUCCCUGGAGAAAGACUACAAGAUCCAAGAGUUGAAAGAUAUUUUGAACGAUCAAAACCGCCCGUUGUUCGAGCGUUACAGAGCCAUGUUCCGUUUGAGAGACAUCGGUAACGACGAGGCAUGUUUAGCAUUGGCAUCUGGGUUCGAUGACCCAUCUGCUCUUUUCAAGCACGAAAUCGCAUAUGUGUUUGGUCAAAUCUGUAACCCAGUGGUGGUACCUCAUCUCAAGGAAGUUUUGGCACGUCCGGAAGAAGCCCCAAUGGUCAGACACGAAGCUGCCGAGGCACUAGGAUCCAUCGCUACGGAUGAUGUCUUGCCCGUAUUGAAGGAGCACUUGAAGGAUUCCGAUUCUGUCGUGAGAGAAUCUGCCAUUGUCGCUUUGGACAUGUACGAAUAUGAAAACAGUAACGAUUUGGAAUACGCUCCAGUAUAA